AUUAUGCAUAAGCAUAAUAUAAACUCACUCGACGAGUCUAUGUGUCCCUUUUGUCAGCAAACAUCAUGUCGUGCAGUGAAGGUGUGUUACUUGGUUAUGGAAAUCCUCUGCUGGACAUCACCAUUCAAGGGAGCUCAGAAUUCCUUGAUAAAUAUGACUUGAAAGCUGAUGCUGCUAUCCUAGCUGAAGAAAAACACAUGCCUAUGUACGAUGAAAUGUUAUCAUUUAAAGAUGUUGAAUUCACUCCUGGUGGGGCAACAUUGAACGCAAUACGUGUAGCACAAUGGCUCCUGGAAAAACCUCAUGCUACCUCAUAUCUUGGCUGCAUCAGCAAAGACAAGUUUGGUGAUAUCUUAGAGAAGAAAACCAAAGAGGCAAAGGUAAACGUCAGUUUCCAGUAUACAGACGAAGCCCCAACUGGAACCUGCGGUGUUGUGGUCUCUGGAAGCUUCAGGUCCCUGUGUGCUAACUUAGCUGCUGCCAAUUGUUUCAAGGAGUCUCACCUUGACAAGGAAGAAAACUGGGAGUUGGUUGAGAAAGCUAAAUAUUUUUAUAUUGCAGGUUUCCCCCUCACCGUGUGUCCCUCUGCUAUGCUACGUAUUGCUAAACAUGCCAGUGCAAACAACAAGACGUUCUGCUCCAAUCUUGCCGCAACCUUCAUUUGCCAGUUCUUCAAAGACCCACUCUCGCAGGUGCUGCCACAUAUCGACUACUUAUUUGGUAAUGAAGAGGAAGCCUUGGAAUUUGGUAAAAUGUGUGAAUUUGAUACUGAAGAUGUUGAAGAAAUUGCCUGCAAAGCCUCACUUCUACCCAAAGAUAAUGCUGCCCAUCCAAGAGUUGUGGUUUUCACACGAGGUGCUAAGUCAACAGUUGUUGCCAAAGAGGGGAAGGUGGAGAAAUAUGAAGUAAUUCCAAUCAAUUUCGAGGAGAUUGUUGACACCAAUGCUGCUGGAGAUGCUUUUGUUGGAGGUUUCCUGUCACAGCUGGUGCUGGACAAGCCCAUAGCCGAGUGUGUCCGAUGUGCCCACUACGUUGCCAACCUCAUCAUCCACAGAUCUGGAUGCUCCCUGCCACCGAAACACAACUUCAAAUGAUGAAGCUGCAACAGCGACGACGACAACAACAACAGCAAUAAUAAUAACAGCAAAAAGAUGAACAGAAGAAGAAGAGGAAGAGGAGGAGGGAGAAAUGGCAAGAUGAGAAGGAAGCUGGGCUAGGUGGAUGGUGUUGGUGAUGGGUUGGGUAGGGCAAGGUUUUGAUGCUUGGACAUGUAAAUGGGCUGGGUAAGUGUUUCAAGUCGGGCGGGGGGGUAGGUUCUACUCAGUUGGGGGUUGGUCCUCGUGAAGAAUCGGGUGUCUCACUUCAACAUCACUCCCCUCUCCCUCUGGCCGGACUUGUCCACCUCAUACGCACACAUUAAGUAAAACGACAGACACACACCGACAUGAGAUGCAACAAAACGCACACCUAACUUUAAUCCCUCCAACUCAUGUACUCCUUUCUGUACUCUUCUGAACUCCUUCUUUCCUGCCACUGAGUUUUCCUUGUUUGUUUGCUUUUUUUUCAUAUCUCUUUUUGCUUUGUUUAUCCUCCCCUCUCUUCUGAUUGGUUAACUUGCUCUACUCUAAACAACACCAUCAUUGCCAAAAUCAUGGCCCUCAUUUUAUCUACACUCGCCUCUAAAAAUCCAACUAAAAGCUAGCUUAUGCAUUUCAUGACUUCUUCCUCCACAAAGUACCUCACUAUCAAAGCUCACUUCUUGUGUCUCGAGUACAGAUGCACAGAACUGAGUACACUCAGUUCCUACACAGUCACAGUUGAUAUUCACGUGUUUCUGUAAACCAGUGCCUCACCUCUUCAGUAUUUAAGCAAAAACUACAUUUUACUGAAAUACCAAAGAAGUAAGCUGCUGGCUUGCAGAAACAUGUGUAUGCAUAAGCUUAAAAAUACCAGUUAACUUUUCUGUGUUUCCUAUUACUUAACAAUGUGCACUUCGCAUGGUUUUAGCUUGCCAAUGAUUCCACCCUGCUGGCUAAGCAAGCAGGCCAACAAUUCCCCCUCAAUGGAGCUGAGUGAACUGAACAACAUGAAAUGCUUGAUCUGGGAAUUGAAACCAUGAUCUCACGGUCACGAGGGCAGUACUCUUAACCACUAGGCCAUGCACUUUCACACACACACACAUCUUUUACUUUUUACUUGAUUCAGUUGUUAGACUGCAGCCAUGCUGGAGCACUGCUUUGAAGUAUUUUAGUUGAACGAAUUGACCCCAGGACUUUGUUUUUAAAGCCUGUUACUUAUUCUGUUGGUCUCUUUUUGCUGAACCACUCAGUUACAGGGACAUGAAGAUAGACACACACACAUAUAUAUAUAUAUAAUUCAUAGGAUAGGCUUCUUUCAGUUUCUGUUUACAAAAUCCUCUCACAAGGCUUUGGUUGGCCAGAGGCUAUAGUAGAAAACACAUACCCAAGGUGCUAUGCAGUGGGACUGAACACAGAACCAUGUGGUUGGGAGGCAAGCUUCUUUCCACACAGCCAUCAUCAUCAUCAUCAUCAUCGUUUAACGUCUGCUUUCCAUGCUAGCAUGGGUUGGACGAUUUGACGGAGGACUGGUGAACCAGAUGGCUACACCAGGCUCCAAUCUGAUUUGGCAGAGUUUCUACAGCUGGAUGCCCUUCCUAAUGCCAACCAUUCCCAGAGUGUAGUGGGUGCUUUUAUGUGCCACCGGCACGAAGGCCGGUCACCCAGAUAUCGGAAGCUAUCAACUACGUCUAGUUUUUCUCCCUGGAUUGUUACAGAAGUUGUUUUCUGCACAUUUUCAAUGUUUAUUGCACCUGAACAUCUGCCACAUACAAAAACUAACUUCCUAUAUAUAUAUAUAUAUAUAUAUAUAUAUAACCAGCCAAAAUUGCAAAGAUAAUCUGGAUCUCGACUGAGGAAGGAAAACUCCGAAUGACCUUGUAUCAUCUAUUUGGAUGUUUUGCGUUCUUGUCCCAUUUUGUAUUAUUUGUGUGUGUGUGUGUGUGUGACGAGCAUCCGGUCAUAAAAAAACCAUGCCAAAACAAGCAAUGAAGCCUGGUGCAGUCUUCUGGCUUGCCAGCUCCUGUCAAACAGUCCAACCCAUGCCAGCAUGGAAAACAGAUGAUGAUGAUAUAUUUGUGUAGAGGUACAUGGCUUAGUGGUUAGUGUGUUUGACUCAUGAUCAUAAGAUUCUGGUUUUAGUUCCUACACUGAGCAAUUCAUUGUGUUCUUGGAGUAAAGCACUUCAUUUCAUGUUGUUCCUAUCCACUGAGCUGGCAAAAAUGAGUCAUACCCUGUGACAGAUCUAUGUCCUGUCAUAGAAACCGGGAAGUUGGCCCCUCUGAGUCUGCAAGGUUCUUUAUCAUAUAUAUAUUAUGUAGGUUGUUUGGGUAAAUCUCAACUAUUUCCUCUUGAAGUACAUCUGCUUAUUCUGUUAUUACAAUCCAGUAUGUAGUCUCAGUUGUUGCUUUUUUUUUUUUUAGUCAAAACAUAUAUAUUAAAAUUGAGAAUUAUGGAAGAGUAUUUGCAAAGUUACUGUAUAACAAAACAGUUAAGUGGAAAUUUUGUUUGGAUUAUUUAUUCACCAUUACACAUGUUUCGUUUGCUAAUAGGAAUUACAAAGUGUUGCAUGUUAGAUAGACAUGUAGGGAAUUUUCCUAUCAAAAAUUCUUUGGACAGAUUAUGUUUUUUCUCUGAAGAAUUUCUAGUAGGAAAUUUCUUACAUUUCCAUCUAACAUGUAAAACUUUGUAAUUCCUAUUAGCAAAUGAAACAAAUGUAAUGGAGAACAAAUAACACCAAAAAAUUUCCACUUUACUGUUUUGUUUCAUAUAUAUAUAUAUAUAUAUAUAUAUAUAUAUAUAUAUAUAUAUAUAAUGAGUGUGUAUGCACACACAUACACUCAGUGUAAACAUGUAGUUAAGGAUUCAGAAGAUUUAAAUUCAUUUCCUGCGUUAAUAAUGAGAAUUUAAGGGAUAGAGGCCAAAUUAAUACGUUCUUUUCAUUUUGACUGGCAUGAAACUCCGUCCCCUACUUUUAGCAUCUCUAUGUUACCUUCCUCCCCUCCCACCUGCCUUUCUCCCACAGCCCUUUUCCCCUCCCACCUCACAAAGCAAUAGCCAUGCCCACCACUUUUCCUUUCUUUUUCAUUUCACUUUAAUCUUGGUUCUUUGAAUUCCCUUGUGUUUGUGACAAGGGGAUGUGGGUCUCUUGGGUUUUUCAAAUACAUACACAUACAUAUAUAUGUAUAUAUGUAUGUUUUACAAACCUAUAUAUAUAUAUACACACACACACACAUACAUCUAUGUUUUACAAACCUAUAUAUAUAUAUAUAUAUAUAUAUAUACACACACACACAAACAAACAUAUAUAUAUGCACAUGCAGAGUAGUCCAGAAGUCACGAAAGGGUUUCAAUAUUUAAUAUCUUGUUUAUUUUAUUUUAAAAUUGUGAUAUUUUAGUAAGUAAGUUAUAGAAAAAGGAUGUGAGAUUUAUUUCCCCCAGCUGUGAAAGACGGCAUUUUUUAAAUGGCUUCCAUUUUCCAAUUCACACAAACAACGGGCUCUUUCUAAGGUAUUUUCCAUAACGGCUCUUAAUGUUUGUGGCUCCAGUGAUCUAAUUUCUGUUCUAAUGCUAUUUUUGAGACUUGUUGACAUAAACUUUUUCCUGAAGAUAGCUCCAUAGACAAAAGUCUGGGCUGGUUAAAUCUGGAGAACAAGAUGGCCAGUUUAUCUCUGAAAAUUGAGAAAUUAAUUUUUUAUCAAAAAUUUGCCUGAGAACAUCCAUUGUGUUCCUUGUUGUGUGAGUUGCGGUUCCCUCCUGCUGAAACCACAUACGAAGCAUAUCUUGAACUGCUGGAUGUAAGAAAUUUUGGAUCAUGACAGUAACAGUGUCUCCUUCUUCAUUUUCGAAGAAAUAAGGUCCUAUCACUUUUUUUGAAGUCAUUCCACACCAGAUGGUACACUUAAUGGGAUGCGUCUCUCUUUGAUGGAUUGCUGUAGGAUUUUCUUAACACCAAAUCCUUCAGCUUUGUCUAUUAAUGAACCCAUUCAAAUGAAAAUGGGCUUUAUCGGCCACAAUCAAUUUAUGGAGAAAUUCUGGAUUUUCUCUUGCUAAUUCUUGGAAUCUUGUGGCAUAUUGUAAUCUAGCAGCAUAGUCUGGUUCUUUCAGCUGUUGCACUGAUCGGAUUUUAUACAGAAAAGAUUCAUUGUCUUUAAAAUUCAUUGGAGUGAUGUCCUGCAGACUUCAACUUGUCCAGAACAUCUUCAUGUUGGAUGUUGUUGGGUCUUCUUCUACACUCUCUCUCACAUGCCUGACUAUGGCUUUGUUUCUAAACGGAGCAAGGUCUGCCUAUUCUUGGAAGGUCAUUUACUGAUCCUUGAUUCACUUAGACAGUUCAUUGCUCCAUAAUGGCAACAAAUAUGCUCGUUGAGUCCGAAUUAUUGGUCCAUGGUUUUGAUAAUAAAAUUUCAUAUGUGUUCACUGUUCAGCAGUGUACUUUUCCAUGCUUAAAUUUUAGAGUCAUUUGUAUAUAAAUAUGAAAUAAAACAAGAAUUAAAUAAUUAUUGAAAAGGUUAUUUAAUAGUGAAACCCCUUUGUGAUGCCUGGGCCACCCUGUGUAUAUAUAUAUAUAUUGUUGUACUUGGGGAUGGUCAUAUUGCCAGUUUAGCCAAUAAAAACACACGCACUGUAUAUUUGGUGUUAAUUUGCUUCAGCUUUAUAUUACAUUAAUCUUAAUCUUAUUUUGGCCAGAGUUCUUUCGUCACACUUCUGUGACCUCAUCAGUGGUCCUUUGUUUCCUUCUUUCUUAUGUGUGUCUCACCUUGCUAACUAUUAGCCAUUUUGUAUUUUGUAUUCGUAUUGUAUGUGUCUACGCAUGCGUGUCCUUCAAUGUGUCUGUCUUUUGU